UCUCAAAUGACAAUGGAAUACCCUCGUCCUGACUUCCAGCGGUCCUCGCUUAACUGGACCUCACUCAAUGGUCCGUGGUCAUCUGCCUUUGAUGACACGGACGCUGGGCUCUCACAGUCCUGGCCGCAAACCGGUCUUCCAGCCUCCCAGACUCGACCCAUCAAGGUCCCCUAUGCCUUCCAGGCCCCCGCAUCAGGUAUCGGUCUGCGUGAAGCUCACGAAGUUAUCUGGUACGAGCGGACCAUCCGCGAUAUCCGUCUUGGAGGCCCCCCUGACCAGCGCCUGAUUCUCCGAUUUGGCGCCGUCGAUUAUGAGUGCUCCAUCUGGCUCGACGGCGUCCCAAUUGGUGGGCACACGGGCGGCCACGUACCUUUUGACCUGGACCUAACGGAUGCCUUUCGCUCGCUUGCAACUGACGGAGAGAGGAAAGAGACGGCCCGGCUAACCCUGCGCGUGCGUGACUCGCCCACCGACCUCGCUCAGCCCCGUGGAAAACAAUAUUGGGGGCCCGUACCGGAGAGCAUCUUCUACACACCCUCCAGCGGAAUCUGGCAGUCUGUCUGGCUGGAGAGCGUCCCUUCUAUGCGCAUCGGAUGCAGCGGUGCGGGGACCGUCCUGCGAUCGGACGAUAUCACUUCUGGGACACUGCACGCAGUCGUCGCAGUAACUGGGCGCCAGCCGGUCGCUGGGCCGGUCAGCAUCCAGAUCACCGCCAGUCUUGGGGGCAAAACAGUGAGCACAAGUCCUCGUUCACCCCUGACCAGUGAUAAAGAGUACGUGCGCGUCGACCUCGACGUGACGCUGCCUGCCGCGGACCGGCCUCGUGGGGGCGCGUUCGACGCCGACGGGGCCUGGCACGACAAUGGCACCGCGCUGUGGGCACCAGAGCAUCCUAUUCUCUACGACAUUGUGCUUCGUCUGUACGAUGUAGCAGGAAAUCUCGUCGACGAGGUCCAAACCACAACCGGAAUGCGCAGUCUCUCCUGGCAAAACGGCGACGGGACCUUCCGUCUCAACAACAAGCCUUACUUCCAGAUGUUGGUCCUAGACCAGGGCUACUGGCCCGAGACCGGACUGACCCCGCCGUCCGGCGAUGCCCUGCGUACGGACAUCGAGCUGGUCAAACGCGCAGGAUUCAACGGCUGUCGCAAGCACCAGAAGAUUGAGGACCCACUGUUUCUGUACUGGGCCGACCGACUGGGGUUCAUGGUGUGGGGGGAGAUCGCGAAUGGGUACGAGUACAGUCACGAGCUGGUAGAGCGCAUCACAGCCGAAUGGGCAGACUCAGUGCGGCGAGAUCGUAACCAUCCCAGCGUGGUGACCUGGACUCCAGGCAAUGAAAGCUGGGGGUAUCCGUCUCUGAAGGACGAUAUCGAGCAGCGGGACCACAUUCGAUGCCUCUACUAUCUGACCAAAUCCCUCGAUCCCAGCCGCCCCAUCAACGACAACUGCGGCUGGGAACAUGUCCAAACGGACCUCACCACGUACCACGAUUACAGCGACUCGGCCCAGCUGACGACCACCUGCGCCGAUUUCGAAAACGGCAUUCUUGGUCCCAAAGACAACGGCCACCGCGCCAUGUUCGUCGAGCCCGUCACUGCCGGCUCGGUCACGCUCGAUCCCGGCGCAAAGCACGCCCCCGGCGCGCCGGUCAUCUGCUCCGAGUUCGGAGGGGUGAACAUCAAGCCCCCGAAGGAUGUAGCCGCCUCGGACCGCGACUGGGGAUACACGACGGCGAGCAACGCGGCCGAUUUCCUGGUCCGGUUGGAGAAACUAGUGAUGGGGAUUGUGAAGGGGGGGUUUACCUGUGGGUUGGUCUAUACGCAGUUAUGCGAUGUCGAGCAAGAAGUCAAUGGGCUGUAUGCCUACGACCGCAGCGAGAAGGUCCCCCCAGCCGACAUCAAAGUCAUUAUGGACGCAGCAAAGGAUUACUACUUUCAACAUGUGGUGCCGAAAUCAAAGGCUUGACGGAUAGCUUUGCCGAUCAGAUGAAUGGGUAAUUACUGUAGGUCUUUCAUCCGAAAGACUUACAAGGUGUUGUUGAAAGAGGGGCAUGGCUUUGAAGGUUUCUUUGAAUUAGAUCUUUAAGAUUUACUGACGGGGCCGUCUUUG